UCUCUCUCUGCCCUCAUUUUCUUUCUUUAUUCCCAUACUCGCAUUCGUCUCCUUCCAUUAACCAGAUUCUCCUUUCUCUCGGUGUGCCUCUUUGCUCUUCGUUCUCAACAAAUUUCGAUUUUUUUGAUCAGAUCCGCAACACCCACCUCACGAAAACCUCUGCUAACCCAUCCAUGACGCUUGGCUCAGGAGGAUCCAGUGUCGUGGUUCCAAGGAACUUCAGAUUGCUGGAGGAACUUGAACGGGGAGAAAAAGGGAUUGGGGAUGGCACAGUUAGCUAUGGAAUGGAUGAUGGUGAUGACAUUUACAUGCGCUCAUGGACUGGCACCGUUAUUGGCCCCCAUAAUGCUUCUUGCUGGUCCUAUAAUUGUGUUCUUUCUCUUUUACUUUUUCUCUGUCAGACUGUACAUGAAGGAAGAAUUUAUCAACUGAAGCUGUUUUGUGAUAAAGACUACCCAGAAAAGCCCCCAAGUGUUCGGUUUCAUUCACGGAUCAAUAUGACUUGUGUUAAUCAUGAAACUGGAGUGGUUGAACCAAAGAAAUUUGGUCUUCUUGCAAAUUGGCAAAGAGAGUACACCAUGGAGGAUAUACUGACCCAGCUGAAGAAGGAAAUGGCAGCUCCUCAUAACCGGAAGCUUGUCCAGCCUCCAGAAGGUACCUACUUUUAGCAUCCAGAUCAUAGAUGUCGGAUCAUAUUGCAUUUGCAGUAUGCAAUAUAUAGUGUGUAAUGCUUUGUGGAUCCUUCUGAAUUCAAGAACAUAUAGGGGAAUGCCCCAAAAAGCUUCAUAUUUCCAUCUCCAUGACUUCAGAAUUGUUUUGUUGUCUUUGUCAACUGUGCUGAAGGGAUGCUGUUUAAUUAAUGUGUGUCAAAUAUUGAAAGCAACUCUUUAAGUAGUAUUUUCCCUUCUAAUUACAUAGUUGCUUUCAAUUUUAUUCUUGCUUCGUUUUGCUUUACUUUAUUUCUGCCUUGUAAUUAAGCCUGAGCUAAAUGGAAAAGUGGCAACAACCUUUUGGAUGUGUGCCAUGUC